CAAUCUCGGAGCCAAAGGGAGACGUACAUGUAGUUGCGCGUUGCGCGACAAAAUCAAAGGAGAGGCGGGCUUAUAGAUUAGGAUAUUAAACCACUUGAUUUUGAAAUAAGUAGAUCAAACUGUUGAACGAAACCCUUGCGAGCCAAUUAGGAUAAUUUACGACUUGAUUUGGAGAUAAAUAGAAAAGUCUGUCGAUCGAAACCACAUUAGCGCCGAUUAGGUGGUAACCACGGCACUUGGAUUUGUAGUGAAAAGGGACUUAAGCGACUUUACGAUUGGUCUUGGACAUAAUAACGUAAGAAGUCAAAUUUGGUCUCUUAGCAUACGAACAGUCAGGUCUGUUCACGGUCUGCAAAGAAACUGACAGAAAAGGGUUGAAAUCAGGAAGCAGGUACUGGCUUUGGGGAAAGUGACUCAGCAAACAGGGGACAUUGGACCAAUAGAAGCUGAUCGCUUGCAGGAAAAAAAAUGUGGAGCAUUUACAUGACAGCGCUGGUAUUUGCGUUGCUGGGGUCAGACGUAAGCAGGCUUCCCGAAGUCCAUGGCGUAGCCGUAAAGGGAGCAGACGACGACCUGAUCUCAUAUUUAUUCACCAACUACACUAAAUUGUCACGUCCGGUCGCCGACCCCAGUGAGACGGUAGAAGUAGACAUUCAGUUUUAUAUCGAGAGAUUGAAUUCUCUGGACACAUUGAACCAGAUUCUGUACCUAAACGGUCACUUAGAGACGAGCUGGACCGACCACAGGUUAAUAUGGACCCCAGCCUCUUACGGCGAUAUAAAACAACUUGCACUAAGAGCUGACCAAGUAUGGCUGCCAGAUAUCGCAGUUGAGAAUAAUGCCGGAACGCCGUUUACAAGCGACUACUACCAGAGUUAUUAUCCAGUGGAGGUGUAUUCCACGGGGAAAGUGAUAUGGCAUCCUGCAGGAGAAUUCGCGAGCAGCUGUUUAAUAGAUCUGACCUACUACCCGUUCGACACCCAGUCCUGUGAGAUGAUCUGGGAGUGCUGGUCCAGUCUGGCUGAGGAGGUGAAUCUGGCCGCCAACAAAACUACAAUGGACCUCACAAAAUAUCAUGUGAAUGGUGAAUGGGAUAUUACAUCUACCUCAGUCAAAAGAGAGAACACUCAACACGCCGACACCAACGGCAGCUAUUCCACUGUCCACUUUACCGCCAUCUUGAAGAGAAAGCCUCUGUACUUCAUCAAUAACAUCAUCACGCCGUGUGUCCUGCUGUCUGUGCUGAUGGCAUUUGUAUUUCUCAUUCCUCCGGACGAGGGAGAAAAGAUCGGCUUGGGGCUGACUGUGCUCCUGUCAUUCAGCGUGUUUCAACUCAUCGUAUCGGAUAGCUUGCCCAAGUCGUCCGACCAGUCCCCCAUCAUCAGCAUUUAUGUCACCGUUGUCCUAAUCUUGUCCGGGCUGUCCUUAACCGGGACAAUGUUGGUGUUUGUGAUUCACUUCCACGGCGGAUCGAAAAAGGCGCCAAAUUGGCUGAGAAAAAAGUGUGUAUCUCAUUCAGGCCUGUANAAUAAAGGCCGUCCGGUGCUGCUGGUGGCCGUGCAAUUGACGGCUGGGCGGUUCGCUGGGAAAAACCUUGAUCUUGGUGGUGGGUUUGGUGGGUGGAUCGGCUUGGGGCUGACCGUGCUCCUGUCAUUCAGCGUGUUUCAACUCAUCGUAUCAGAUAGCUUGCCCAAGUCGUCCGACCAGUCCCCCAUCAUCAGCAUUUAUGUCACCGUUGUCCUAAUCUUGUCCGGGCUGUCCUUAACCGGGACAAUGUUGGUGUUUGUGAUUCACUUCCACGGCGGAUCGAAAAAGGCGCCAAAUUGGCUGAGAAAAUUCUUCUUUAACGGCAUCGCCUACAUCGUGUGCGCGCGCAAGCAAGUUAAAACCCUCAGUGAAAACCAGGUGGAGCCACUUGAUGGCGAGAAAACCGUCUCUGUCGUGUCCGUGUCCUCGACGGCAAUGAAGGCAGCCAUAAACCCCGGAGAAAAGAAAAGUCAGGAGGUUAUACUAUUGGAGCAGAUUCUACUUCAACUAAAAAAACUCACAGACAAAGAAGCGGGAAAAACUGAGGACGAUGAUACAGCUGACGAGUGGGUUCUCAUCGCCAAAAUUCUCGAUCGUUUCUUGUUUAUGUUGUUUAUUAUUUCUUUGGUGGUUAGCACUACUGCUAUACUUGGGAUAAUGCCGAAUCAUGGAGUUGUGCCUACUGCAUAGAUCAUGAUCAAUAAAAGUCGUCUACGCUCGAUGAAAUUUCAAUGGAAGUCGUCUACGCUAGGUGAAAUUUCAAUGGAAGUCGUCUACGCUAGGUGAAAUUUCAAUGGAAGUCGUCUACGCUAGAUGAAAUUUCAAUGGAAGUCGUCUACGCUAGGUGAAAUUUCAAUGGAAGUCGUCUACGUUGGAUGACAUUUGACUUGAUGGUUGCAUGAAUCUAUUCCAGCGUCUGACAUCAUAUCAAA